AUGGACGGGGGAGGCGAAUACAAGCCUCUGGAUGUGUUCUGCAAAGGCACUGGUGUCACUCCCCAUAUUUGCGAGCGUGUUAACCAGGCUAGCAAUGGAAAAGCCGAAAAGAUGCAUCGCACGAUUAUGAACAUGGUGCGAAACAUGGUGUUUUCAAGAGUAAUACCCUUGAAGUUUUGGGGUGAUGAAGCUGAGUAUGCAGCUUACAUACCUAACCGAAGUCCGACUAAGGCGAACGACGGUGGGGUCUCACCGGUUGAGCUACUUCCAAUGAAGAAGCCUAACCUCAGCAACAUCGUGGUGCAUGAUUCGAAGUGCACAGUUCACUUGCACACGGAGAACAAAUCGCUGGGUGCUCGUGGAAAUGCGAAAAUCGUCAUCGAAAAAAACGAUAAGAUGAAGGGAUACCGUGUUUACCUGCCAAAGGAGCGCGUCGUCGUGGUCACGCAACAUGUGAAGACCAUAGUGACCCUGAACGCCAUACAAAAUGGAAAAGCACUAGAAGAUCACGAUAAUUUUGAAGUUCAUACAGAAUCCCAAGAUGUUCACGACGAACGUCCAGCAACGAUUUGGUUAUCCAUUUGGAUGCGUGACCGAAACGUGACAAAAUCGAUUAGCAAGAUAACGGAUGAGUCGAAUGAUAAUGCCAAGGGCGAAAAAGAUCAAGAAAUUGUCAGCACCGUGACCGAGCCAUACCCAAGGAACUACGGUGAGGCUGUGCGAAGUCCAUCAAAAGACAAGCGGUACGUAGCGAUGACCGAAGAACUGACUAUUUUGGAGUCAAUUGAAGUGUAG